CCAAUGAGCACACUCUCGGGGAGCGGCGAGGUCAAGAUGGCUUCCUGCACCUGGUGACGGUUGAGGAAAUUGAAUUUGGUAUCAUGGAGAAGUCGCAGAGCACAGAGGAGACACCAUCCUCAGAGCCAAUGGAAGAGGAGGAGGAGGAAGAUGACUUAGAACUCUUUGGGGGCUAUGACAGCUUCCGGAGUUACAACAGCAGUGCAGGCAGUGAGAGCAGCUCCUACCUGGAGGAAUCAAGUGAGGCGGAGACCGAGGACCGGGAAGCAGGGGAGCUGCCCACCUCACCUCUUCACCUGCUCAGCCCAGCGAACAGCCGCUCUGUGGACGGGAGUGGUUCUGAGCCAGCUGUCUGUGAGAUGUGUGGUAUUGUGGGCACAAGAGAAGCUUUCUUCUCAAAGACCAAGAGGUUCUGCAGCGUCUCCUGUUCCAGGAGCUACUCCUCCAACUCCAAGAAAGCCAGUAUCUUGGCUAGACUGCAGGGAAAGCCACCCACCAAGAAAGCCAAAGUCCUGCACAAGGCAGCCUGGUCUGCCAAAAUCGGAGCCUUCCUCCAUGCCCAGGGGACAGGGCAGCUGGCAGAUGGGACACCCACAGGACAAGAUGCUCUGGUCUUAGGGUUCGACUGGGGGAAGUUCCUGAAGGAUCACAGUUACAAGGCUGCUCCUGUCGGCUGCUUUAAACACGUGCCCCUCUAUGACCAAUGGGAAGACGUCAUGAAGGGGAUGAAGGUAGAAGUCCUCAACAGUGACGCCGUGCUCCCCAGCCGUGUGUACUGGAUCGCCACUGUCAUCCAGGCAGCUGGGUACCGAGUGCUGCUCCGAUAUGAAGGCUUUGAAAAUGAUGCCAGUCAUGACUUCUGGUGCAACCUGGGGACUGUGGACGUCCACCCUAUUGGGUGGUGUGCCAUCAACAGCAAGAUCCUGGUGCCCCCACGGAGUGAGUCCAUGACCAUCCAUGCCAAGUUUACUGACUGGAAGAGCUACCUCAUGAAGCGGUUGGUGGGUUCCAGAACACUUCCUGCAGAUUUCCAUAUCAAGAUGGUGGAAAGCAUGAAGUACCCUUUUCGACAGGGCAUGCGCUUAGAGGUUGUAGACAAGACCCAGGUGUCACGGACCCGCAUGGCUGUGGUGGACACAGUAAUUGGGGGUCGCCUACGGCUCCUCUAUGAGGAUGGUGACAGUGAUGACGACUUCUGGUGCCAUAUGUGGAGCCCCCUGAUCCACCCAGUGGGUUGGUCACGGCGUGUUGGCCAUGGCAUCAAGAUGUCAGACAGACGAUGUGACAUGUCUCACCACCCUACCUUCCGGAAAAUCUACUGUGAUGCCGUCCCUUACCUCUUCAAGAAGGUUCGAGCUGUCUACACAGAAGGUGGCUGGUUUGAGGAAGGAAUGAAACUAGAGGCCAUUGACCCUCUGAAUCUGGGCAAUAUCUGUGUAGCAACCAUCUGCAAGGUUCUCUUGGAUGGUUACCUGAUGAUUUGUGUGGAUGGGGGGCCCUCCACAGAUGGCUCAGAUUGGUUCUGCUACCAUGCCUCCUCCCAUGCCAUCUUCCCAGCCACCUUCUGCCAAAAGAAUGAUAUUGAGCUCACACCCCCAAAAGGGUAUGAGACACAGCCUUUUGACUGGGAGACCUACUUAGAGAAGACCAAAUCAAAAGCAGCUCCGGCAAGACUCUUUAACAUGGACUGCCCCAACCAUGGCUUCAAGGUGGGCAUGAAGCUGGAGGCUGUGGACUUGAUGGAGCCCCGGCUCAUCUGUGUGGCCACCGUGAGGCGAGUGGUACAUCGGCUCCUUAGCAUUCAUUUCGAUGGCUGGGACAGCGAGUAUGAUCAGUGGGUGGACUGCGAAUCCCCGGACAUCUACCCUGUCGGCUGGUGUGAACUCACUGGCUAUCAGCUCCAGCCACCUGUGUCCGCAGAACCAAACACACCUCAGAAAGGCAAAGACGCCACAAAGAAGAAGAAGAAACAGUUUGGGAAGAAAAGGAAAAGAAUCCCAUCAGCCAAGACUCGGCCCCUCAGACAGGGCUCCAAGAAACCCUUACUGGAGGAGAACCUUGAGGCUUUAGGGGUCUCGGAACCAGUUCCUGAUGACAUUAUCGCUGUGUGUGUGAAGGAGGAGCACCAGGACAUCUCCUCACCUGACAGGUCACCCAGUCCACAGCUGCCUCUCCCCAUUGAGAGCAUCAAGCAGGAGAGGGACAACUGAGACUCCCUUGGCAUCAGCUGGACCCCUACCUGAAGCCAAGCCUGUCACAGAGCAGAGAGGAGGCCCGGCUUGACUGCUACGGCAGCGAAUGGACAGCCUGGUCUUCCAGGGCCGCCUCUGCCCACUGGCCAGGCCUAUUGACUGGUCAG